AUGUCUCUAACUGUCACACUGGGAAAUUCUGAGGAAUCAUUAUCAGAGGUCACCACUAACCAAGCAACCACCAACGACACGGAGAACGAUCACCCAGUCACAAACGGUCAACGUCAUGAUGACAGCGAAGAGUUGUUACGGGAAGGUUCGGAAUCCAGCCAUAACCCCGAUUCAGAGUCUAACGAUUAUUUUUCCGACGAAAGCAAUUCGGAGGAUGACAAUAUAACGCAUUCUUUAAAACGUGAGCGUAAAACAAUAUUUCAACGUCUCAUGGUGAUCGAAACUCAGUUCUCAAUUAUCAAAAAACGGGUUCAUGCUGCAAAAGAGGCCUUGUUAGAAAAGGAACAGCAAGAAAUUCAAUCAGGUACACACGCUAGAUUUGCAGACGAAUACAACCGGAUAGAAGAGGUUCGUAGGAGGCGUCUGAGAAUCGCAGAGGAGCGUCGGAAGCGACGAUCUUUGUUAGCGCAGGCAAAUUUCGAGGCGCAACAUAAGCAAGUAUUGGAUGAAUUCAUGGCCGCACGGAGAUCAUUGCGAAUGAGCAUGAUUGAAGAAAGACAAGCAAAAAUAAUAAGAUUACAUAAGGAAUAUGCAGAAGAAUGUCAAGGAAUAGACCAUAAGGAUAGAGACUUACUCUUAAGAGUGAUGGAAGAGGAAAAUCCACAGAGGAUAAGGCCUGUACAUAAGAAAAAACUGCCACGAACGCUUUCGAAGAGAGCCGUAGAGACUCGCGAUCGAAAUAAUGUUUUCCCGAGGUCGAUCUCGUCAAUAAAUUCCAUAUCGCCAUGGCUAUCUCUAAGUCCAAACGGGCAAACGAAGGCAAUAACGUUCGAUAUCCUUGUUUGGUGA